AUGGAAACAUACCACGGGUUCGUGCGGACACCCGCAGACGCCAUCAAGCUCUUCGAGGCUUGCAGACUCGGCCUCUUGCCUCGUGUCCAGCGCAGACUAUCAGAAAAGGAACGCCAAUCUAUCCGGUCGGGCUCAGUCUUCGUCUGGGACGAGCGGGAAGCGGGCAUGCGGAGGUGGACCGACGGAAAGUCCUGGAGCGCCAGCAGGGUGUCGGGAAGCUUCCUGACCUAUCGCGAGAUGGAGGGCAAGCGUGGCAGCGGCUUCGGUGGCGGCAGACGCGGUGCCGGCAAGACCCCCGACUCGGGCCGCGGCAGCGACGAGGACCAAGAAGACGGCGAGCCCGAGGGCUACCGGUACAAGGCCGACGGCCUCAUGAAGCAGUCCUUCAGCAUCACCACCUCGACUGGCCAGCACCUCCACCUCAUCUCGUACUACUCAAGACCGCACCCCGGAUCACCAGAGCUCCAGCAACCGAGCACCGACCCGCAGCUCAGACACAUCACUCCCAUGAAGGGCAUGUACCCGGAGUCGAGCCUCCACGACAGCAACCCUACCCCCGCCCUGACGAGAGGACCGAUGCUGCAGCAGACUCCCUACGUGGCACAACAGCAACAACAACAACAACCGCAGCAACAGCCCAUGCCGCCGCAGGCCUACCCUCCUCAGUACGCCCAACAGCAGGGCUACUCGUGGCCUCCAUCGCCCGUCGCCACUCCUCCCUACAGCCACUACACGACUUCUCCAUACCCGCCGCAGCAGCACCAACCGCAACAUCAGCUGCCGCCUCCUCAGGUCUCGCACUCGCCCGCCCAGCCUCCUCACUACGCCCACGCGCCUCCUCCCCCUCCUCCUCCUCCUCACCACCUCUCUCCUUACGAGCGCGCGCCCCUACCGCCGCCGACGGCGCAGAAGCCCCUGGCCCCUUACGCCUCGCAGCACCAGUCUCCCCGUCUGGCCCACGUCCAGCAGCCCCAGCACCAGUCGCCUCGCCUGGCCUCGAUCCAACAGUCGCGUGCCUCGGAGUCCCCUCGCAUCUCCCAUCUGCAGGCUCAGGCCGCCCAAGCCGCCCAGGCCGUCAUGGACCCCAGGCUCGGCCCGCGAAACAACGGAAACACCCUGCCAGGCAUCAACGCCGUCUCCAGCGCUCCCCUCAACGGCCACCCGCUCGCGCGCACCCCGCCCAACCGCACCUUGUCCGUCUCGCCACCGAGAAGCAUCCACUCCGAUGCUAACGGCGUCGCGCCCCUGCCCAACAAGGCCAGCCUCUCGGCGCUGCUUCUACACCCGACUCCCUCCGCCUCGGAGGCCAGCAGCGUGAACCCCAACAGUGCCAACAGCUCCCCGCGGACGGGUGGUGCCCUUGCUGGGCUUCCCCCGCCGGUUGACCGCCCGGCCAACAUGAGCCACGAUGUCAAGGCUCUGCAGGCUUUGGACCGCAAGUUCUGCAUCUAG